AUGCGCUCUUCAUCCUCAACGGCAUCAUCACGACGCAGCUCUCACGGGCGCGCCCUUCUCGGACUCCUUAUCAUCGCUCUCCUCGCCACGCUCAGCAAUGCGGCCCCUACCCAGCCAGGUGGCAAUGUGAUCAUCGCUGGCGUCGGUCAGCUUGAGCCAGCACUCGCAGGCGAGGCCUCUUCACUACCAGCAACGCAGCAGCCCCUCGAGCGAUCUCAUCACGAAUCACGGUCCGCCCAAUUUGUCAAGCGAGGGAUGACAGAGAACGCCGUUCUAGGAGCGAGGACGUUCUCCUCUGGAGGGAUGGGAUCGUCGAGAUCACGCGUCGGCAGACCGAGAUUGAUGCCCUUCCCCGCGUUGGAUGAGCCGAUUAGACGAGUGGGCGGUCUGAUGGAGGCUGUCAGGACAAGGGGAUAUUAA